CCUCCAGGAGAACAUUUCUCAUGGGGGGGGACUCGACUCAUCCAUGCAUGGAUGUCCUCUACUUCCUCCCAAGAAUCAUAUAUCACAAUCCAAGAGCCCGAGACCAUGACUCCUCUCCUGUGAUGUUUACAGCAGAGGAAAUCUAGCCUCCGUCGACCGUCCUCUUGAUCAUCCAUCGAUCGUGUCACUUCGAUCACCCCAACUCAAGAUUCUCCAUCCAAGGAAGACCAAGCCAAAGCCCCUUUUAAACCACACGAGGGAGCUAGGAGUUCGCCCAAACACUUCAGUUACUACGUUACAGUCCAUGGAGUCCAUGGCUGCCGUUGAGAUGCAGACGCCCGUCGCGGUGCCUGCAUUCGAUGUAUCCAGGCGGCCGGACACGGCCGGCCUUGUCCUGAACAGCCCCACGCCGCCGACCUUCCGCGAGGAGCUCGUCGGCGUGCUCGGCAAGGCGUUCCGCCCGCAGUCGGCGAACGGUGGCGGCACUGGCGGGCACCGUUCGCCGCCGCGGUGGGGAUGGGUCCUGACGGCGCUGCAGGCCGUGUUCCCGGUGCUGCAGUGGGGGAAGAGCUACACUCUCAAGUCUUUCAAGAGCGACGUCAUGGCUGGCCUUACGCUUGCCAGCCUUGGCAUCCCACAGAGCAUUGGAUACGCCAACCUCGCCAAGCUGGACCCCCAGUACGGUCUUUACACGAGCGUGGUGCCGCCUCUGAUCUACGCCGUGAUGGGGACGUCGAGGGAGAUCGCCAUCGGGCCCGUCGCCGUCGUGUCGCUGCUGCUGUCGACCAUGGUGCAGAAGGUCGUCGACCCGGCCGCCGACCCGGCGACCUACCGGACGCUGGUCUUCACCGUCACCUUCCUCGCGGGCGUCUUCCAGGUCUCCUUCGGCCUCUUCAGGCUGGGGUUCCUGGUGGAUUUCCUGUCGCACGCGGCCAUCGUCGGCUUCAUGGCGGGAGCGGCCAUCGUGAUCGGGCUGCAGCAGCUCAAGGGGCUCCUCGGGCUCAGCCGCUUCACCAACAGCACGGACGUCGUCUCCGUCUUCAAGGCCGUCUGCUCCGCGCUCCAUGACCCCUGGCAUCCAGGCAACUUCUUUAUCGGAUGCUCGUUUCUCAUAUUCAUCCUCGCCACACGGUUCAUUGGAAGGAGGUACAAGAAGCUCUUCUGGCUGUCUGCAAUUUCACCAUUGCUCUCCGUUAUUCUGUCCACGGCUGCAGUCUACGCCACGAAAGCUGACGAGCACGGCGUGAAGAUCAUAAAGAAUGUGCAUGCAGGCCUGAAUCCAAGCUCGGCCAAGCAGAUACAGUUGAAUGGACCAUACACCACAGAAUGCGCCAAGAUUGCCAUCAUCUGUGCGAUCAUUGCGCUUACGGAAGCCAUUGCCGUUGGACGAUCUUUCGCCUCGAUCAGAGGAUAUAAGCUAGAUGGAAAUAAGGAAAUGAUAGCAAUGGGAUUCUCAAAUGUUGCUGGAUCUUUAUCCUCAUGCUAUGUCGCAACAGGUUCAUUCUCUAGAACCGCUGUGAACUUCAGCGCAGGUGCAAGGUCAACGGUUUCCAAUAUCGUCAUGGCUGCCACGGUGUUUAUUGCCUUGGAGUUUUUCAUGAAGCUCCUCUACUACACACCUAUGGCGGUGCUAGCUUCCAUCAUUCUAUCAGCACUUCCUGGACUGAUUGACAUCAGAGAAGCUUGCAACAUAUGGAAAGUUGACAGGAUGGAUUUCCUCAUAUGCCUUGGUGCAUUCCUUGGCGUGCUCUUUCAGUCGGUGGAGACUGGCCUUGGAGUUGCACUUGCCAUCUCUUUUGCAAAGAUCAUCAUACAGUCAAUCCGGCCUCAGGUAGAGAUUCUAGGCAGGCUACAAGGAACAAACAUCUUUUGCAGCAUCAGGCAGUACCCUGUGGCAUGCCGGACACCAGCUGUACAAGUCAUACGCAUUGAUACAUCCUUCCUAUGUUUCAUCAAUGCAAGUUUUAUCAAAGAAAGGAUCAUAGAAUGGGUAAGGUCAGAAGUGGAGACAUCCAAUGGAAAGGCCAAGGAAACGGUGCAAUCCGUUGUCCUUGACAUGUCAAAUGUGGUAAACAUUGACACUUCAGGACUUGUGGGAUUGGAAGAAAUUCACAAGGAGCUGGCGUCUCUGGGCAUACAGAUGGCUAUUGCCAGCCCGGGAUGGCAGGCAAUUCAGAAGAUGAAAUUGGGACGAGUGGUUGACAGAAUAGGAGAAGAAUGGAUUUUCCUGACAGUAGGCGAAGCAGUGGAAGCAAGUUUAACUGCACAUAAGGGCAGUGCUAUGGAAUGUUAAGUGCAUGCCAGUAGAAAAUAACACCAUGUCGUGCGGAUUUGUAUCCAGUGAACAUGGUUUGCAGCUGAGCAGAUGCUUAAACAAACAGUAACAUUGUAACAGUGACAGUAAAUGUAUGUUUCCAUAGUAAUCAAACAAAUUAACUGAAGUGGUAUGCGGUCAUCUUUUUGUGACUGUAGUACUAAAAUAUAAGUAUGUACUGUGUGUUGCAAUACAUUGGCUCGGAACUUUUCAGAUCUCA